AUGUCCUCACCACCAGAUAUAGACCCAUACGCAGUACUUGGUGUCGCCAAGGAGGCCACUAUCCCUGAAAUCAGGGCCGCCCACCGAAAGCGGGUUCUCAAGUGCCAUCCGGACAAGAUCCAAGAUGAGUCGCAGCGGAUUGCUGCCCAAGAUGAAUUCCAGAAAGUCCAACAAGCCUAUGAACUUCUCUCAGAUGAUGUCCGACGGACUAAACAUGACCAAAAAGUCAAGAUAGCCGAAUUGAAGCGUGAACUACUGGAACGCAGACGAACAGAGUCGGCGUACAACGCUUCACGAGGGAACGGAUCCGCCAAUCGCGAAUUCCGCAAUGGCCACAUCGUGGAGGAGAGAGUCCCGAUGGAAGUCUUCUUUGAGGAAUCAAUGCGAUUCACGGACGAACCACGCACUAUGUCUCGCAAAUUCGAAGAGUUUGGCGUGCGCUCAAAGUCAAAACCAACAGAGGAGAAGAAGAAGGCUCGAGCACCGACGAGUACAUAUCACCAAGCGAAGGAACAGCGGGACACGGCCAAGGCGACACAUUCCGACCGCGCGAAGACCCGCGAUCAGGAGCGACGACGACAGCGACAGGCCGAGGCCAAGUACGACAGUACUUUCGAUAUCUGUGCAGAAUCCGACGAUGCAUCUGAUUCCAGUGCUCCCCGCUACGUUUACAAACGAACUUCAACCCCCCGCCGAGAGCGUGAGCGUGAUUCACGAUCCCGACCAUCAGAAUCCUCUCGUCGCCGUGAACGCCGUUACGACGAAGAUGACGAUGUCUCCGAUCACUGGCAAUCCAAGAUCGAGAGUCAGUACUUCAAUGCAGAGGAUUAUAUCGCAUCCAAAGCCCGGAAGUCCAAGUCCCCACGACAGUACCAUGGUCACGACUUGGCGGAACCAGAGUCGUCCACUUUGCGAUCCGCGGGACGGUCCACCCGCACCCGUCGUCGUUCUUCGUCGCGCGACAGAUCCUACGAGCACCUAGAGUCGCCCCGAGCCUACGAGGUCAAGCCACCCAAGAUGCAACCCUCCGCAACCUCCCCGGGUAUCAAGGUGCCUCUCCGCCCUUCGUUCCUCAACACCCGUGCCGCAACCAGCUCUAGCUUCCGCCAAAAGCGGGAGAGCCGCGACUCAACACUCUACGAAAUGGCUCACGAGCCACUGCCAUCGCGAACUUCCAAAGCGCGCGAUCGCAACGAUUCGGGCUACUCCAGUCCCGGUACCCCUGAAAUGCCCCCGAGGGGCACCUCUCCCAAGACCGCAACCCGCUACAAGGUCGUCCAGGAGCCAGACCACGUCGUCGUAGAACCGAAGUCGUCAAAGUACCGCUCGGCGAGGUCCCCCGACCGGGAUCGCAUAUCCUCUACACGGCCGGUACCCAAGCGAAGCAGUACCUUCCAAGCCUACACCGAAGGCGCGCCUAGGGUUGAGACUCGGUCUGCGCGCCCUUCUUCUCGACCCCAUCCGGUCGAAUACAUCACUACUGCUCCGAAAGAGAACAUCAAAUACAGCCGGACAUACAAGCCAGAAGAUGUCACUUACUCGCCGAGGCGCGCCUAUUACUACGAUGAAGAAUAUCGUCCUCCUGCUGUGGGAAGACGCCAGUCUGCCUAUUAA